CUCCGAUCGCUUGCAUGGCCCUGGCCCGGCGUUUGUGGGGGCCAUGGCGCCGACACUUUGGCACCCUGCAGGUUGCAUGGACAUCAACUAUUAGUCUUCCAGCAGAGGUUGAAGGGGACGGGAGGCGGCAGCCAUGGGCAAGCAUGUACUCUGACGAGGUGCAGCGAGUGCUGGAUGAGCGAAUCAUUGGCCACGAUGCUGGCAAGGAAGCGAUUCUCCUGGCACUGGUCGCCCAGGAGCAUCUUUACAUUGAGGGCCCGCCUGGUGUGGCCAAAACCAUGCUGGCCGAAACGGCCGCGGAGGCGACUGGCUUGUCCUUUUUCUUCUACCAGAUGCAUCGGGAUACCAAGCUUCACGAACUCAUCGGAGAUGCGGUGAUCUUGAAGGAGCCAGCGCCAGAAGGAGGGGAGCUGGUGCGGAGUUUGACGCGGCCAGGCGGAAUUCUCACCGCUGAGCUGUGUGUGCUUGAUGACAUCUCCCGAGCACCAGGUGAGGCUUUGAAUGUGCUGCUGCGUCUGCUGAAUGAGAGGCAAUACAACGGUCCCAGUACGGGCCAGGAGGUUUGGAAGCUGCCGUUGAAGACGGCCAUCGCCACCUCCAACCCCUCAGACCCAGGGAGCCGCUACUACACCGAGCCCCUGGACCCCGCCUGCCUCGACCGCUUCGUGCUGCAGCUCAAGACUGAUGGCGCGGUGUCGGCAGGGCGCUGGGAUGAGGCCGCUCGCAUCAUUGACCUCUUCUCCGAUGAGCGCAACAUUUCUCCGGUGUCCCCUGGGGCUGCCGCCGCAGAGUUGCGCGCGGCCUCAGAAGCCCACGCGCGGGCAGAGGUGCCAGAGCGAGUGAGGAGGCUGCUGCUCGAAGUCUUGAAGCAGCUGGUUACCAAGCACGGGGUGAGCCAGAAGUCUUCGCUGCUCACAGACCGCACCUUCCUGGUGAAAGCUUUGCGCGUGAUGCGCGCGCAAGCUGUCCUGCAAGGGCGGCAAGAGUGCAUUCCCGAAGACUUGAAGGUGCUGAGAUACCUGACGACCUUUCGCGUGCCAGAGAGUGUGCAUGCAAAGAUCGACCGCAUCAUCGGGAAGGUUGUGGAGUCGGCCAAAGCAAACGCCGAGUGAUCAUGAGCUUGUGGCUUGCAAGAACAG